CGAUAGAUGGAGAGUAGCUACCGAGUAGAAGUUGACAUGAAGCCCGAUGCAACGACGCCACUGCUUCGCCGCCAGAUACAGAAACCAACAGAGACGGAACGACGACGCCUCAACCUGCGAUUCACCGUGACAGCCGACGUUUAACCGGCGCCAUUCCCUCAUCCGACGGCCAGCCAAUCACCGCAGGCCCCGCUAAACAUGAUCAUGAGAACGAAGGAAGAGGAAAAAGGAAGCGAUGGAAACUGGCGACAGCGGCAGAGAGGAGAGCUACGAGGUGGUGGAGCAAAUCGGGCAAGGGGACUUCGGCGCCGCCUUCCUCGUCGUCCAUAAGGUCGACCGGAAGAGGUACGUGAUGAAGAGGAUACGCCUGACGAAGCAGACAGAGAAAUUCCAGCGCACCGCUUACCAGGAGAUGGCUCUGAUCGCGAGCUUGAGCAAUCCCUACAUCGUCGAGUAUAAAGAUGGAUGGGUGGAGAAGGGGAACUCGGUAUGCAUUGUGACUGGAUACUGCGAAGGAGGAGACAUGGAUGCUAAAAUCAAGAGUGCCAGAGGAAGGCUCUUCUCAGAGGAUAGGGUGUGCAAAUGGCUUACACAGUUGCUCUUGGCUGUGGAUUACCUCCAUUCUAACCGUGUUCUACAUCGAGAUAUCAAGUGUUCCAAUAUAUUCCUUACCAAGGAUGAUGAUGUUAGACUCGGUGACUUUGGACUCGUAAAAUUGCUAAACUUAGACGACCUCGCUUAUUUGGUACAAUCCAUUGCAUCUCCUAGAUUAUCCAAUAAUUUUGCCUUCAUAAGCAACCUAGGAUCAACUCUAAAAGUUGUAGGCACUCCAAACUACAUGUGCCCUGAAAUUUUGGCUGAUCUACCAUACGGCUAUAAAUCAGAUAUAUGGUACCUUGGUUGCUGCAUGUUUGAGAUAGCGGCUCAUCGACCAGCCUACAAAGCUGCUCAUAUGCAAGGAUUGAUCGACAAAAUCAACAAAUCAUCCAUAGCUCCCAUGCCCCCCAUUUACUCUUCUUCUCUGAAGAGGUUGAUCAAGUGUAUGCUGAGGAAAAACCCUGAACAUAGACCUGCAGCUUCAGAAUUGUUAAGGGACUCCCACCUACAGAAGUAUCUUGCUGCAUCUUUCAAUCCUUCACCUCUCUACCUUCCAAUACAAUCAAACAGCAACAGUCCACAGGAUAGGCCGGGAGGAAGGCCAAGGCACCGAGAAAGAUUCAAUAUUCAGGUGACGGAAGAUGCACCUAACAGCGAUUACGAUGAGAUAAAGAGGGUGGAUCCAGGGAGCUCCAUGAUUCCAGAACACACUGACAUUGGGCAAGAGAUAUCCUUGGAGGACGCAAAGGACAUGACGGUGGAGGAUGAAACAGGAGGAACAAAUGAUCACAAGAAAGAUACUAAUCAUGCUUCUGCUGGAGAAGAAGCAUCGACCACCAGCACUGUGACUCCAACUCAUGGAGACAGCAGCACUAGAGCUGACUGGGAGAGCUUGAGCAUGAUCCAGCAAAGGGCUAAUGCCCUGGAGUCACUGCUGGAGCUGUGUGCACAGCUGCUGCAGCAAGAGAGGCUCGAGGAAUUGGCUGGUGUUCUGAAGCCAUUUGGAGAGGAUGCAGUGUCAUCCAGGGAGACGGCAAUCUGGUUGACAAAGAGCCUCUUGUCUGGCCACAAGUAUGGAUCAGAAUCCAAAACCAACUAGCAUUGUAAAUUGUAUUACAAUUCACUAUCUUGUUGUUUGAAUUUAUAAGGAUGGUGAAUGAAACGCAAGGCCAGUAUAUAAUUAAUAAUAAAGAAAUCUUUUUUUAUAUA